GAGGGACAGCUGGCUGUGACGCUGCGGGGCAGCAGCAGCAGCAGCAGAUGUGCCCCGCUGGCUAUUGUUAUUUUAUUUGUUUGUUCUGGUGUGAUCGCUGCAGCUCGCGAAGCGGGUUCCGGGUCCAGGUCUGGGUGUGGAUGUGAGCCCCCCCCUCGACAUCUCCGUCGAGAUGUCGUCGCCCGAACGCGAAGGAAACAUCAAUCAGCUCAAUAGGUUUGAGAAACUGUCGUGGAGACCCCUCAGCCGCGACUCCCGCUCCAAGAAGCGGGCACGGUGGCUUCAGGCUCGGCGCAUCUUCUCCCCUUCCUGCCCUAACCUGCGGAUCCCCAACAGGUUUCUAAGAGAAGGACAUAGCGUUCCCCCGGCCCGGAGCGGACACCGCUGCGUCGCGGACAGCACCAACCUGUAUGUGUUUGGAGGCUACAACCCAGAUUUUGAGGAGGCGGGCGGGUCAGAGAAUGAGGACUACCCUCUUUUCAGGGAGCUUUGGCGAUUUCAUUUUGUCACGGCCACCUGGCAACAAGUCCAGACGGAGGGUUACAUGCCCACAGAGCUGGCCUUGAUGUCAGCUGUUUUCCAUGGCAACAACCUGCUGGUAUUUGGCGGCACUGGGAUUCCAUUCGGUGAAAACAACGGCAAUGACGUCCAUGUUUGUAAUGUUCAGUACAAAAGAUGGAACCUGCUCAACUGCAGGGGGAAGAAACCCAACAAGGUCUACGGACAGGCCAUGGUCAUCAUCAAUGGCUGCCUCUACGUGUUUGGUGGGACAACAGGCUACCUUUACAGUACUGACCUGCACAGGCUGGACCUGACCACCCAAGAGUGGACCCAGCUCAAACCCAACAAUGCACCAUCAGAUCUACCGGAGGAGAGGUACAGACACGAACUAGCUCAUGAUGGACAGAGAAUAUACAUUUUAGGAGGUGGGACUUCCUUGAUGUCAUAUUCACUGGACAAGAUUCAUGCAUAUAACUUGGAGACAAAUUACUGGGAGGAAAUGGUCACCCAACCCCACGGAAGAAUAGGAUUUCCUGCUGCUCGCCGUUGUCACAGCUGUGUGCAGGUCAAAGAUGAGGUGUUUAUAUGUGGGGGUUAUAACGGAGAGCUGAUCCUCUCCGACCUGUGGAAAAUCAACCUGCAGACAUUUCAGUGGACCAAGCUGCUUGCAGCGAUGCCUGAACCGGCCUAUUUUCACUGUGCUGCAGUCACUCCGGCGGGCUGCAUGUAUGUGCACGGUGGUGUCGUCAACAUGUAUGGGAACAGAAGGUCCGGCUCCUUGUACAAAGUGUGGUUGGUGGUGCCCAACCUGCUGGAGCUGACCUGGGAGAAACUGCUGAAGACGUUCCCUCACUUAGCUCAGCUGUCCACGCUUCAGCUGCUCAGCAUGGGACUGACACAGACGUUAAUCCAGCGGCUGAAAUGAACACCGCACAGAGACAGGAGGAAGUAGUCUGUCAUGAAAUGGCACUGAUUAAAAAAGAAUCCCUCACGAUUUAUUUACCAUACACCUCUGUCGUGUGAGCAGGGAGGCAAAAUAAAUGUUGUGUCAAACCUUGCGGUUAUUAACCUAAAUUUCCAUGUAGUUGAUUAGACAUCAACCAGCUCAUCUGAAAAGAGCCACACAGCUGGUAAACCGAUGUUAUAACAGUGGUAUCCAAAACUGUAACUAGGUCAAUUAUUUAAAGCGCUGUGUUUUGGCUUUAAGGGCUUUCUGAUAGAAUGCCGAUAUUGAACUGUGAUCAUAAAUGUACAGUACAAAUUUUAAAUGUUCACCCUCGUCAUGUUGGGCCUCGUGCGCAGAUAACUCAGCAGUCUAACACAUCUGUAUAUGGCAUCACUGUGAAUCUUCAAGUACCUCUUUGGUUAUUAUUCCACAUUAAGGAAACGUCACAAGCUAAUCCACCCACCAGUAUCUCCUGUGAUUCUCAGGCCUUUUUAUUUCUACGUUUUGGGCUUUCUGAAUUUCCUAAAUGUCAAGGGGUUUUCAGUCCUUUCAAAAAAAGAAUUUGAUUGUGAUUCACCUCAUGAGCCGUUGUUACUGAACCUUUCUGCUCAUGAGUAGUAAGGCGUUCAAAUAACAUUUACAAUAACUUACAUUUGUUACUUAUUACUCAUUGUGGUGCUGUUUUAUUUUAUUGCAAUUGUAGCAAAAAUUAGCUCCUUGUUUUUUUUCACAUUCCAUUUUUUAGUUCAGUUCAUGCCGUAACUCCAUUUUAACCAUUUGUAAUGUAACGUAAGGAAAGGACUUCGCCGUGUGCUGUGGUACUACUACUAAAAUAAGUGGCACAGGAUUGUUUUAUCUAGUAACAAGGUAGAGUUGAGGCGUACUCAGGAUGUGAAAUACUGUGAUCAGACUCGGUCUGAAGAGCUCCACAAACAUUCACCAUGGCAACCACAGUCCUUCUUGUGAAAGCAGAUCUGCGCAUACAGAGAUCACAUCGAUGAAACCUUUUGCGGUUAAAUACUGGUAACUUCGCAGCUGCUCGUAUCCUGUCCCACCGUUGCCUGAUUUUGCUCCUAUUGUGUCCUCUGUUGUUUAAAUGUCAACGUUUAUCUCACACCAUCACUGUAACUGUUGGUAUAAUACUAAGCUAACUCUUCUAAGUAUCAUAAAGCCCCUUUUCAUAAGGAAACUCAAACUGAAUUACUUUUACGCUUGACAUGUUAUUGCCUUAUUUAUCUUAUGAAGCAGCUUCCUUACAUGCUCAGACUUGAUAAAUGUACGGCCUCACUUAAGAUUGAGGCGUUUGCAUCAUCCGGAUGUUAAUGAAAGUUCAACUGUCUCUUGCAUGAAAGUUUGCUGUACAUGCCACUUUACAUGAUCUCUCGGGAGAAAAGCUCAGAAGCAAUUAUGGCUGUAAUGUACAUUAUUUUGUAAUUCCUGUCUGUAGUAUGUACAACAAUAAAAACACAGGCAGCCAAUUUUUCAAA